UGCGCGCCCAUCGCGGGGGGCCGCCUCUCCCCCGGCAACGGUGACUCACAAAGAGGGUGCCUCGCCUGGGCCGCGGACGGCCCAGGUCACAAAGGCCGCCAGCGCCGAGCCCCGAGAAGACAUGUCCCGAGGCGGCCCCGCGCGCGCCCGCCCCUGCCGCCGCCCUUCGGGCCGGGCCUGGGCCUCCCGCCGCGACCGCGACCCCGGCCCGGCCACUGGGCCUGAGGGCUCGGUCGGUGCCCAGGCCCUCGGCGCCCAUGUGCGUGGUCUGCUUCGUGAAGGCGCUGGUGCACGUGUUCAAGAUCUACCUGACUGCCAACUACACCUACAACUUCCGCGGCUGGCCGGUGGACUUCCGCUGGGAUGAGGUGCGCGCCGCCGCCGGGAGCGGCCGCGGGCACCGGGCGCUCACGUGCGCGGCGGCCGCGGCGGGCGUGUGGCUGCUGCGCGGCGCGGCGCUGGGCGAGGACGCGCCCGGGCGGCCGCCCCGCGGGGCGCGCGGCCAGGCGCGGUGCCUCCUGCGGCAGAUGCGCGAGCUGCCCGGCCAGCUGGCCAGCUACGCGCUGGCCCACUCGCUGGGCCGCUGGCUUGUGUACCCGGGCUCCGUGUUCCUGACGACGCGUGCGCUGCUGCCGCUGCUGCAGCAGGGCCAGGAGCGCCUGGUGGAGCGCUACCGCGGCCGGCGCGCCAAGCUGGUGGCCUGCGACGGCAACGAGAUUGACACCAUGUUCAUGGACCGCCGCCAGCGCCCGGGCAGCCACGGCCGCGGCCUGCGCCUUGUCAUCUGCUGCGAGGGCAACGCCGGCUUCUACGAGAUGGGCUGCCUGUCGGCACCGUUGGAGGCCGGCUACUCGGUGCUGGGCUGGAACCACCCGGGCUUCGGAGGCAGCACGGGCGCGCCGUUCCCUCAGCACGACGCGAACGCCGUGGACGUGGUGGUCAAGUACGCGCUGCACCGCCUCCACUUCCCGCCCGCGCACGUGGUCGUCUACGGCUGGUCCAUCGGCGGCUUCACGGCCACGUGGGCCACCAUGACGUACCCGGAGCUGGGCGCGCUGGUGCUCGAUGCCACCUUCGACGACCUCGUACCGCUGGCGCUGAAGGUCAUGCCCCACAGCUGGAAGGGACUGGUGGUGCGCACGGUGCGCGAGCACUUCAACCUCAACGUGGCCGAGCAGCUGUGCCGCUACCCCGGGCCGGUGCUGCUGCUCCGGCGCACGCUGGACGACGUGGUCGGCACCUCGGGCCCCCUGCGCCCCCUGCCGUCGGGCGACGUGGAGGGCAACCGCGGCAACGAGCUGCUCCUGCGCCUGCUGCAGCACCGCUACCCCGCCGCGAUGGCGCGCGAGGGCCUCGCCGUGGUGACCCGCUGGCUGCGCGCCGGCAGCCUGGCGCAGGAGGCCGCCUUCUACGCGCGCUACCGCGUGGACGACGCGUGGUGCCUAGACCUGCUGCGCUCCUACCGCGCGCGCUGCGAGGACCGGCGGGAGGACGAGGAGGCCUGGGGGCCGCAUGGGCUCGCCUUCCCCUGGCUGGUGGGCCGGGGCCUGAGCCCGCGGCGGCGCCGGCAGCUCGCGCUAUUCCUGGCGCGCAAGCACCUCAAGAACGUGGAGGCGACCCACUGCAGUCCGCUGGAACCCGAGGACUUCCAGUUGCCCUGGAGGCUGUAGACCGCGCUUCUGCGGGUCUCUUCCCCCACCCCCACCCACCCCAAACCAGUAAAGCUGGCCCUGCC